AUGUCGUUAGUAGCAUUGAAGAACGGUGUUGCCAGCGUAUUAGGCAAGAAAAACGCAUCAGACGAAGAGCUCGAGAGGGCAGACAGGCUUUUGGAGAACAAUAACCAACCAUACGGAUCAACAGACAACAACAACAUCAAUGGCAAUGACAGAGCUGCCCAAAUAGCAAGAGAAGAAGCCGUCAUUCAUGCUGCAGCUUCAAUAGCGUCAUCGUCUGCAAACAAAGAAGAAGAAGACACCAAUACCAGCAUUUUGACUAGUUUUUUCAACAGGUUCGAUCCAAGAGUAAUGUCAGAUAUAAUCAUUGGAUUGAGCGAUGGCUUAACGGUGCCGUUUGCAUUGACUGCGGGGUUGUCUUCUUUGGGUGAUUCAAAAUUGGUCAUUACAGGUGGUAUGGCAGAGUUGGUGUCUGGGGCUAUAUCUAUGGGGUUGGGAGGAUUUUUAGCUGCUAAAUCAGAAAAUGAAUAUUACAAAUCGCAAGUGAAGAAGGAAAAAUUGAGUUUUUUCAAGAAGCCAGAAACGGUAAAUCAAGAUGCUGCCGAGAUCAUGUUUGAAUUAGGUGCUAGUGAGCAAACAAUUAUAAGCUUUUUGAAAGAUUUGGAUUCAAAGCCGAAGAGCUUAAUUGACUUUAUUAUCAGGUUCGGUAGAGGAUUGGAAGAGCCGGCCGAGGGAAGGGAAUUUACAUCCGCCAUGACCAUUGGAUCGGCAUACUUCCUUGGUGGGUUUGUACCUCUUUUGCCCUAUUUCUUCACUAAUGUCGUCAAGACUGGGUUAUUGAUCUCGGUGAUUGUGAUGUUGAUAACAUUGUUUAUAUUUGGCUUCAUUAAGACCUCCAUAUCUUUAGGUGACGAUUGUGGGAACCACAAAAAGGUUGCUGAAGGAUUCCAAAUGGUUGCUGUUGGUUCUGUUGCUGCAGGAGCUGCAUGGGGACUUGUAUAUCUUAUAGAUAACUGA